AUGCAUUUGUUUUUGGCUUGGCGUGCAAUGGAAGAUCGUAUUGGCUCACUGGGGUAUACAAUCGAACGUGUUCUAUGGGGUGAUAGUCGUGCUCGUCACACAUUUCUAAUUGCUUGUACCGACGAACAUCCAUUAACUUUAAUCGAGAUCGAUGUUGGUGAUCAUGAAAAAGGUAUUAAAAAAGGUAUGCGAUUGCGUAUUGCCGAAUUAGACGAAGUACCAAGUACAAUAACAAAAAUAGAAUUAAUCGGUGAAACAAAAUCGACUACAGCCUUUGAACAACUGAUCCGUUCAGCACAAUGUUACGUACAAGAACAUCCGGAUUAUAAUGUUCUACGCAACAAUUGCCGAACAUUUGUGGAGUAUCUAAUUGAUCAAAUACCUGAAUUUCGAGAUUCUAUUCCAAAAAAGAAUGGUUCCAUACUUGAAUAUUAUCACUCACAAGCAAAACACGAACAUCCAGGUGCAAUCGUUAAAAGUCGAAAACUUAUACGGGAGAUACGCGAUAUCCAUCUGCAUAAUAAACACUAUAAAUAUGCAGCGAAAUUAGUUGUGAACCCCGAAAUACCAGAUUCACAACAACUGACUCAUUUUGACACGAUCGAACAGCGAUUUUGA